AUCACACAUUUCAACUGAAGUUGACGAACUGACCCGUCAAGCCCCGGCCAAACAAAUGGCUCACUUUCACCGCGAAAAUGAGACUGCCAAAUCGCUUUUCCGAAGACUGGAGGUUCUAUUUGGUGUCCCAUAGCUAGACAGACCUUGUGAACCCGUAGACGGCUACAGAAUGUAGCUGGUUAGUUUGUUACUAAUGUAGCGUUGUUGUCACUGUGAUGUGGGAAUAAGCAGAAACAUUGUUGCCUUUUAGCAGUCUGCGUCGCCAUUUCUACCCAUAAUUUAACCCCUUCUAUGGUGCCCUCUAGAUUGAAUAGUUGUGGGGAGUGUAAGGUAAGAGGCAGGUUAAGAAUUAUAGUAAGCAAUCCGACUAUUCAAAAUUGUUGACAAUUUAUUAUCGCCAACACCAUAAUACAUUUCUGUGCGGUCAUGAAAAAUGUAGCGCGUGAGCUAUCGUUUUUUCUCGACGCUACUAAUGCCUUUGCUGAUCUCCUCAUCUAACUAAAUCAGGCAGCCUAACAAAGCUCUAUAGCUGAUGCCAAAAUGGAAAUUACCGGUAUGUUGGUUUGUCUACAUGGCUGCUGAGUGAGAACGUGGGAUGUUUCAGAGGAAAUGUCUGAAGAAUAAUAGCCUAAGGGUUGCAUAUCUAUCAGAGGGGCCUCGAGGGACCAACAAGAUAUAGUUGACUUGCUCAGGUAAUUGAUCCUGUUGGGAUGCCUGCCAGAGGGGACUUGCACUUAAUCCAGGAUAAUGCCUCCUUCCAUCUUUGAGUCGCUCCACCUGAAGACCAAGUCAUGUGCCGAGACCUGUCAAAAAGGCAGAUGUCGAAAGUCCGCCGUGACUCCACUUGUGUCGGGAGACUACGGUCAACGAGACAUACCGGGGAUGACCUCCCGCGUGUCCUUCUCGCAGUAUCGAUUGGAGGCAGAGAUCGAGAAAUAUCGCGCAGAAUGUCAGUGGGAUAAGAUACCAUCUCUGGUCGAGCAGCUGGCAGCAGCCCACUUUCAUGUGGACGAUGACUACGGAACACUGCUAUUGGCCGAGAGUUUGCUGGAGGAGUGUCUACUGGAGAAUGUCAGCCUAUUGCGAAGCUCCACCCCGCUGACAGACCACUCCUACCCCAAGCUGGCCCGCGCUAAAGCACACCUGAACAGUGUGCUGAGUCGAGGACGUCUGGAGACAAAGUAUUUUAACGAAGCGCUGCUGCUGAUGGCCAAGGUGCACUACGCCCAGGGUCGUUACCGUGACUCCCAGGGCAUGUGUGCCCGCGCGGGCAUCGAGGAGCUGAUGCGUGACGAGCGCCCCCUCUACCACCUGCGAUUGCUGGCAGAGGCCUUUGUCAUCAAAGGGCUGGCCCUAGACCACCAGGCCAUGUCGGCAGCGUCUCGCGUGCGGCUGUCGGAGAGAGACGAGGAAUGUCUCUCCUGCUACCUCAGAGCCUGUGAUACAGCCCUGCUCUACUUACAGGAACUUGACAAGACAGUGGUGACCCCCAGCAGUAAGACGGCCAAGACCAGCCUGUUGUCCCCUCCUCUGGAGAUGGAGCCGGGAUACUUCCUCCAGGCAGCGCUGCAGAGUGGAUACCUGUCACUACUACACAAAGGGCACUUGGCUCAGGGGACUCACCAGCUGCGGCGGGUGCUGAGAGUGGUGGAGUCGCGCGGCUCACAGAUCUUCCGCAAGACGGUGGCCAAGCGUCUGGCGGAGGUGUUGCUGGGCUCUGUGAGUGAGGACAGCUACUGGAGCCCCACCAGCCCUCCCCCCGCGGCCUGGCUCAACAGGGACGGCUCCAACACCCACAAAGACCUCCUCUACCCCAGCCCCAGACCCCCGCAGAGAUACACCACUGACAGCGUUUUCUGCCCUCAGGACGUGGUGGAAGAAGCCGUGCUGCUACUGCUCAUCACAGAGUCUAUGGCGAGUGCGGACGCAGUGCUGAGCCUGGCCCCGGAGCACCGGGAGUCCAGAGAGAGCAGCAUGGAGGAUGCCACCUCCAUCUACGACCUGCUCAGCAUCGGCAUGGCACGCCGUGGCCAGUACUCCAUGCUGUCAGAGUGUUUGGAGCGGGCCAUGAAAGUCUCUUUCAACGAGUUUCACCUCUGGUACCAGCUGGGCCUGUCACUCAUGGCAAGCGGGAAGGGUGUUGCCGCUCUGUCGGUUCUUAAGGAAUGUGCCAAGAUGAAGCCUCAGGAUCCAACUCCCAAACUACUGGCAGCCAAGAUCUGCAUCAACCAGCUGCACUUGCUAGAUGAGGGCGAGGCGUUGGCACAGAGUGUGAUUGACAUGUUCGAGGGAGCAGGAGAGGCCCUUCCCAGAGCGCACCUGGCCGUCGGGCUGUGCUGCAGCAUCAGGGCCUCCGAGGCUGCUCUGAAGGCUGAGCGGGAUGAAUUAAAUCAACGGGCACUUCAGGAAUUACAGAAGGCUCAUGACAUGGACCCUCAGGAUGCUCACAUCGCUCUCUACCUCUCUAUGCAGCUGGCACUGGUCAGACAGGUGUCUGCGGCGAUGGAGCCACUGCAGGUGGCCCUGGCGCUCCGCAGUGACGAGCUGCACUCCCUCCACCUGCUGGUGCUGCUGCUGAGCGCCCAGAAGCAGGAGCAGCACGCCCUGGACACUCUCACACUCGCACUCAGCCAGUACCCAGAGAACUUCAAUCUUCUCUUCACCAAGGUGAAGUUGGAGGAGGCUGUGUAUGGGAGUGCGGUGGCGCUACAGACCUGUGAGAAGAUGCUGCAGCUGUGGCAGAGUCGAUAUGACCUCACACGCCCCAGUGAGCCAGAUGACACUAGCAGUAUCCCUCCACCAGAGCCUGGCCACGUUAGCCGGAAACCCAGUGGCGUCCACCUGACUCUACCAGAUUUUCAAGAGACGGACACUGGAUCUCAAAGUGCUCCCUCAUUGGCUGUCUCCCGUCUGGAGGCGGCCAUGUCGGAGGUGUCAGCGGUAAGCUCCGCCCAACGCCAAGGACCCGCCUACAUAUGGACCACGCUGGAACGCAUAUGGCUGCAAGCAGGCGAGCUGUUCAUGGCGGAGGGCCGUGUGAAGGAGGCCCAGUUCUGCCUGCAGGAGGCCGGCACCCUCUUCCCCUCCUCCCACUCGGUGCUGCUGCUGCGCGGGCGCCUGGCCGAGGCCCGGGGCAACCUGCUGGAGGCCAAGAGCCUGUACGACGAGGCGGCCGCCAUCAACCCCCGCGGACACCACAUACUACUGCACCUGGGCCGUCUGCUGGUGCGCCUGGGCCGCACCUCGCUGGGCGAGAAGGUGCUGCGCGACGCGGUGCAGGCCCAGAGCACGUCUCACGAGGCCUGGAGCGGCCUGGGGGAGGCGCUGCAGAGCCGCGGCUGCAUGCAGGCGCCCGACUGCUUCCUGACCGCCCUGGAGCUGGAGGCCAGCUGUCCCAUCAGGCCCUUCACCGUCAUCCCCCGCGAACUUUGACCCCUCGGCUGAUUGACAUGCACGCAGUAAUGUGCCGGGACGGACUGAGAACAACAUGCACUACCGUACAUUCCAAAUGUAUAGCAGAGUAUAGAAGUAUUUACACUCACAUACUAUUUGUCCCAUCAGGCCCUUCACCGUCAUCCCCCGCGAACUUUGACCCCUGGCUGAUUGACAUGCGGUAUUAUAUGCCGGGAUGGACGGACUGAGAAGAGCAUGCACACAACACGCACUACAUUCCAAAUGUAUAGAAGAAUACUGCCCUACAAAGGCAAAGUGCAGUAACUACACGUUUUGUCAACAUUUAGUUUAUGCCUGAAAAUGGUCUUCGUAACAGCUUCUUUAUCUUCGGACAAAACCUUAAGGUCCAGCCUUAAUAUCCAACCUAAUGUCAAGGCUUUGAAGGCAUUUUUCUCACUUUCAUUGUUGGCGUAGUUACUACAUUUUGCCUUUGUAGGGCAGUAUAGAAACAUUUACACACAUAUCUGUCCCCCAUCAGGCCUUUCGCCGUCAUUUCCCAUGAACUUUGACCCCAGGGCGGGCCAACCAAACUAUUAUGCUGGGACUGAGAAGCGUAUUUUGACCAACUUGCACAAACACCACACAUUCCAUGUUGAGGAGAGUUGUAUGGGCACACCUACAGAUGCAAGCACUAAAACAAACAUCACGCCCUUCAUCCCCCACGACCUUUGACCCUAGACCAUUUCUGGUUAGACUGCCCAAAGUUGCACCCCCGUCCCCCAUACACACACACACACACACACACACACACA